UCUGUUGUUUGCGAGACUCCGCCCCCUUUUGUUUGGUUCAGGGCGUCAACACAUCCUUCAACACAAUGUCCAUCAAUUUGGCCGCUGGUCUGGUCCUAUGUUUUGCAUUAUUCGGUUGUUUUGCAGGUGUCCGUCCCGAAGAGCGUCCGGCCACUAAUGAACCUCAAUUCGUGUCUCAAGGCGGUCAACGCGUGGUUCGCGAGGGAGAAGACGUCGAACUGUUUUGUGAAGUUCACGAUUUGGGAGAAUUUGUGAUUCUCUGGAAAUUCAAUCGAUCGCACGUUCUUUUCGCUGGAAAUCUUCGUAUUCAUAGAGAUGACCGCAUUUCCAGAGAUGACGUCAAGGGAUCUCUUGUCAUUCGCGCAUUUAGACCCGAAAAUGCCGGAGAAUACAGUUGUCAAGUGUCGACAAAUCCUCCGCAAGAAAUCGUUUACAACGUCGUUGUCGUCGGACCGCCGCACAUCCGUCCGUUUCCUUCGAGUCCUGAUCUCGUUCUACACGUCGGUCAACCCGUUCACCUCAAGUGCGAAGCCGAAGCCGAUACCAUUGAAUGGAGAAAAUCCAAAUCUUCGGUGACAAUCGGUUCCGGACCCGAACUCAUGAUCUCGAAGACCACUCGAAUGGAUGACGACGUCUACGAGUGUUCGGCAGUCAAUGCAAUCGGUCAAACUCAUCACGAAUUUCGUGUUCGUCUUCUCCAUAAACCCGAAGUUCGUGCCGAUCCUGACCUGAUUCAUGCGCCGGUUGGUCACUCGGUAGACGUGAUAUGUGCGGUUGACGCCGAACCGGCCGCCGACAUUCAAUGGCGUCGGGGAUUAACGCGUUUAACGCCUUCCGACGAUUUCCGUUUCCGUCGAGUAAACGCUUCCGCCGUCCUGACCAUUCGCAACGUCACCAAUCAAUUGUACGACAACUACACGUGUUCAGCCAAUAACUCAAUUGGAACCAAUGAAGCCGUCGUUCAAGUGACUGGACGUCCGGGACGACCGCAAUUCACGUCAGCGCCGUUGGCCGGCGGUCUCGAAGAAUAUUCGGUUGAAUGGCGCGUUCGAUCUCAAUCUCCAAUCACAGCCUAUGACUUGCGAUUCCGAAGAUUGGAUUCGACGCAAUGGACGGCUGUUUCCGUUCAACCCGACGCCUCUAACGCCGAUCACGUGCACAUUCAACGAUUCGUUUUGCGGAAUUUGGACAAAGAUGGCAACUAUGAAGUAUCAGUUGUGGCUCACAAUCAGUUCGGAUCAACCAAAUCCAAUGUCUUCGCUUUCGUCACGUCUUCAGCCUCUCAAGCGUCUGUUGCUAUGGCGGCGGUUUUGGUCACGUGUUUUCGGGUGUUUUUAUGUAAAUAAAAUGGACGCAAAUUCAGGCCAAAGAAGAGCCGGAAAUGACGUCAAAGAUCUGAACUGAA